UCAGUCAGUUGUGUUCGUGCUCUGUAGACGGCCGCGCACUUACUACAGAGAUAAAAGGAACGACGUGACACAAAAAUUUGCAGUUAGAUUCUAACUUUGUAUUGUUAUUAUUGCCUUUUUUGACAAUAGAAAAAAGCGGCCAGCAGCAGUGUUUACCUUCGUAUUUCCGUUGCAGUGGCUGCUAAUGCAAUGCGUGUGACGCUCCGAAGAGUGGUCUAACAAUCUCAUUGUGGCAUGCAGUUACCAACGAUGACAAUGGAGGAUAGAAAUGGUCAGAAGGGGAUAGAAGUUGGCCAGUGUAAUAAUAAUGAGAAGAGUUCUCUCCCUAAUAAUGUGGAACCAAAGAAGACAUUCCGCAGUGCACUGCCACAGAUACUGGCAACAUCAGCAAAGAACAUCCUAUUGUUGGGGUAUGGGAUGACACUGGGCUUCCCUACCAUCGUUAUCCCAUCACUGCAGCCACAUCAUGGCAAUGUGACUGAUUUGCGUGAAAAGGAUACACUCAGCCUUACAGAGGAGCAGAUCUCAUGGUUCAGUAGCAUCAACUUGAUCUGUGUUCCACUGGGCUGCCUCAUGUCAGGUACCCUUACCCAGCCAUUGGGCCGAAAGCGCGCCAUGAUUCUGGUGAAUGUGCCGUUUAUUGUGGCUUGGGUAAUGUUUCACUAUGCCAGCAAUGUUGGGAUGUUAUAUGCGAGUCUAGUACUCACAGGACUUGGAGGCGGUUUACUGGAGGCUCCAGUUCUGACAUAUGUGGCAGAGAUCACACAGCCCCAUCUGAGAGGUAUGCUCUCUGCUACCUCAUCCAUGUGUGUCAUUCUUGGAGUUUUCAUCCAAUUCCUGAUGGGUACCAUGCUCUCCUGGAGAACUGUGGCGUCCAUUAAUGUGAUGUUUCCUGUGACUGCUGUAGUAGCACUCUGCUUUGUGCCAGAAUCUCCUUAUUGGCUAAUUGGCCGUGGGCGGGUGGCAGAUGCUGAGAAAUCACUGUGCUGGCUCAGAGGCUGGGUAAAGCCCCACGAAGUUCAACCUGAACUGUUGCAACUUGUUUCUUCCCUCAAAAGUCACAGUCCCUCAAACAGACAUAAUGUAACUUCUGUUUCCUUUACUCCUUCCUGUUCCUCAUGGCGUAACUAUACAAAACGCAAUUUCUUGCAGCCCUACAGCCUUGUUGCAGCUGGAUUCUUCUUUGGACACUUCGGAGGGAUGACAACAUUACAGACAUAUGCUGUCAGUAUCUUUGCCCAGCUGGGCACUCCAGUUGACAAGUACAUCGCAACAUUGUACCUGGGCCUUGUGCAGCUGGGAGGUGCUCUAAUAUGUGUUAUCCUGGUACACUGGACAGGGAAACGACCCCUCACUUGUGUAUCAACUGUUGGGAGUGGUGUGUGUUUCAUUGUUGUGGCAACAUAUGCAUACUUGUACUCCUCCAGGAAUUCAUAUGAAUGGUUGCCAAUGACUUUCCUUAUUGGGUCAGCAUUUUUAUCUCACGUUGGCAUCCGUCUGUUACCGUGGAUACUGAUAGGUGAAGUAUAUCCAUCAGAGAUCCGUGGUGUUGCCAGUGGGGCAUCAGGAUCCAUUGGUUACAUCUUUGGGUUCGCAGCAAAUAAGGUAUAUUUUUAUAUGCUGAAUAGUAUGACGUUACCUGGAACAUUCUGGUGCUAUGGUGCAGUCAGUCUUGUGGGAUCUGUUUUCUUUCAUUUUUUCCUGCCAGAAACAGAGGGAAGGACCUUACUUGAGAUACAGGAGCACUUUGAGGGCUCUCGAAAUUUGUUGAAAAAAGGCAGAGUGUCGUCAAAAGACCCAGAGAAGUUGGGCACUGUGAACCCUGCACUGGUUCCUGAUGAGACUCAUUUGUAGUAUAAAGUUUCUAUGAACAAGACAAUUUACUUUAGUCAACAACUAUGGUCAAGUUAGUCUUUUCAGUGUCCAUAGUGCAAAGCUCCAUACUUAGUUGUGAUGAAUCUCUCACUUUGCAUUUUAACUUUCUGUUCAACGGAUUAAAAAAACGUUUUCUGUCCCUCAGAUGGCACAUAUCAAAACAUUGAUUACUGCAGUUGGGUUCAACAUCUUUUUCCUACAUUUGAAACUACUAGGUUGAAGCAGUUAUUAAAAGUCAGCACUAUUUUUUAUCCCAGAAGAAGUAAUGUGCAUUUAGAAUAUCUGUGUUAUGUAAUAUAUAGCAGAGGAGUGGGAAAUUUUAAUUUGGUCUGGCAGAUUUUUUUUAUAUAACCUGUAGGAAGUCCAAUUUCAAGAACAAGCAGUUGUGACAUGAAAACAGAAGGUUAAAAGUGAAGGUGAAUUUUUAUCCAAUUUGAAUAAUAUGCUGUACCUCUUUGUAUAAAUGUAUGUAAAUAAUACUAACACUACGGUGGAAGAGAUGAAGGUUCAGCACCACUGAUUCUGCCAUUGGUUACAGCUGUGAGCCAGUUCCAUCCCACUCCCAUUGUCAAAGUUUGACUCUCUAAGAUCCAUCUCAAUGUUAUCCUGCCAUUUCUAUCUUUGCCUUCCAAGAAAACUCCUCUCUUGAGACUUCCCCCUUUCUAGUCUGUCAUGGAUUCCCAGAUUCAACUAUAACAAUAACCCUAGGUGACUUCUAUAAACCACAAAAUUCCACUUGUAUACUGUAAUAUCCUAUAUUACAUACUUGCUUCUUUGAAUCAAAGUAUCUGACUGAGCACUUUUAUGAGACACAUGUAAUUUAUUUCCUUCACAGCAAGAAAUGUCUGACACCUAUACAAAACAAAUGGGAAUAUCAUUAUUUUGUAUUUCAUAAGUUGAGGGACUGGAGUUUAUUCACAGACAUUUAAAUCACCACUGUUUUAUACAGAUAUAGGAGUAUUUUUAUAUGUUUAACUUUAUUCAUUGUGGUCUGUCACACUAGUUAAAUAAUGUAAAAUGAUUUCACCAUCUGAAGAUGGUCAUAACUUGACCAAGACAUGUAAGGCCAUUUCAUAUAAAUAUAUAAUUAAGUCACAUUGGAUGAUGUCAAAUCAUUCUACAAUAUUUUUAUAUGCUUUCAAGGAAGGAAGUUAAGAUGGUAAUAUAAAUAAAAAAGAUUUGUUUAUUGGUUUCACAGGAUGAAAAAAUAAAUUGUCUUCUCUGAUAUGACUCCAGGUAGCCUGGCAGAAGUUUACUGAUAUGCAGGAGGAAUAUACUGCCUCAUCUUCAGGGUCAAAAUGUAAGCCAAUCAAGCAACCAGCAUAAAACAAAAUGUCAGUAAAUUUAUACCAAACUCAGAGCCUCAUUGCCGAAGAUAAAUUAGGAAAACUGUUGUUGUAAUCUCUACAAGCUUGUAGAUAUCUUAGUGGGUCCCCUUUCCUGUGCUUGUAGUACAGAAUGGGUUCACUAUGAACCAGUAAACAUCUGCCAAUGUAAGGAAGAGCUCCUGAAACUUGUAGUAGGAUUGUGGAAUUUUAUUCAUGAAAUUAGGGUCUCUCUGAAGCAGUUUGUGGGGUGAUGGUUUUAAUUAUAUUUUAUUGUAAUUUUGAAACUGAAAAGCUAGCAAGUGAAUUGCUAAAUCUUGCAUAAGGAAGCCAAAAAAAAAAGUUUUUAAGAUUUAAAGCAUGAAACAGUUCGCAGUUCACCAAUUUACCGUGUUGCCAAAUACAUGUAUCAAAAAUGCACAGCGGCUGCUUAUGAUGUUGGACUGUUCAACUCAUUGGUGAAGAAAAAUCUUAUUUUAAUACAAGAGGACUUGUGAAUUUUGAAUUUCUGGAGAAAAGUUGGCAGAAGAUGAAAAAAUGGGAGGUAUGAAUGAUUUUGACAAGAUGUAUUGUGACAUGAAGCUAUUUGCACCUCAUGAAUAGGGAGAAUUUCUCUCUUUUAAGAAGUUUGUCAUUGAUUGUAUGAUUGUAAAACAGUGAGGAGUCUAUGUUAAGAAUUUUGAAACCCAUGUGCUUUUAAAUACACAAGAUGCAGUGGCAACUGAACAUUGCAAAUGGAACACAGUGAUGUUGCAGCUGUCAGAAGAAGAAGAAAAAUUCUUAAAUCACGUUCAUAGGGAUUUGAAAGUCUGUAUUUUUUAGAUAAAGUAUAACUGAAUAAAAAUCAUGUCUGCGAAAGUUGUUUGAAGAGGAGUGAUGGAUCAAAGUGGCCUGAAAUUUCAUGUACGUUCAUAAUAAGUCAUGCUGGAUCAACUGACAGGUUUUUCAUUAUGGAAAAUAAAUUAGUUUCUUUUUCUGUCAAAAUUGAAAAGUAAUAUUGUGCAUCAUGACGAACUUAACUCUGAAUUAUUUAAAAAGUGGUUUCAAGAAUAGUUCCUACCAUACUUUGCCCCAGAGUCUUUCAGUGUUGUAGGAAAUGCCAGCUGUCAUUGUGUUGUGUUAGAGAAGCUUCCAGCUAUAAGCAGCUCGGUUGACCAGGGAAAAUGUUCCAUGCACUACCAUUCAGACACAUACAGAAUUAUUGCAAUUGGUGAAAAUAUACACAUGCCACAUUCUAAAAAUUAGGAAUUGAACGACAUUGCAAGGAGACACUGUGACUAUCAUGGAAUAUGGGAUAAUUUUCUGGGGUAGCUCAGCAACUAGUA